GGCCGCGCCGCCCUCCUUCCCCUCCCGCCUGCUACCGGACAAGAUGGCGGCGGCCGCGCGUUGGGCCGCGUUGGGUCUGGCGCUAUGGCUGUGCGCGGCGGCCCGCGCCGAGGAGCCGGAGGGGAAGCGGCGGGCGGGGCCGGCCAAGAAGAAAGACAUUCGGGACUACAACGACGCGGACAUGGCCCGGCUGCUGGAGCAGUGGGAGAAAGACGAUGACAUUGAGGAGGGGGAUCUUCCUGAACACAAGAGGCCUCCAGCACCAAUAGAUUUCUCAAAAAUUGAUCCAGGCAAGCCUGAAAGCAUCCUGAAACUGACGAAAAAAGGGAAGACUUUGAUGAUGUUUGUCACAGUGUCAGGAAAUCCCACGGAAAAAGAGACAGAAGAAAUUACUAGUCUGUGGCAGGGAAGUCUCUUCAACGCCAACUAUGAUGUACAGAGGUUUAUUGUUGGCUCAAAUCGUGCAAUCUUUAUGCUCCGUGAUGGUGGUUAUGCCUGGGAGAUCAAAGACUUCCUGAUAAGUCAAGAAAGGUGUGCAGAUGUUACUUUGGAAGGCCAGGUUUAUCCGGGCAAAGGAGCAGAUGGAAGUGAGAAAGGAAGCAACAAAACCAAACCUGAGAAAGCAAAGAAGAAAAAAGAUGCAGAGAAGAAAUCUAAAAGCAGCCAAGAGGACAACCGCAACCAAACAGAGAGAAGACCUAUGACAGAUGCACGAACCAGACUGAAUAGUGCUCUGUUCCUUGAAGGGAAACUUAACUUCCUUUACAAUUUCUGGCUUUAUAGAGGACAAGGAAGGAAGCAGAUGUUACUGAGGUUUAAAGACUUCUGUGUUGAAAUACACAUGUUUACUUAUUAAUGUUGGCUGUUUGUUUAGUUACAGAGACGGUAAUGUUUAAUACCAGCAAUUGACUACUUUAGUUUGUAAUUCUUUAUGCUUUUGUUGUUGUUCAAAGUUAACAUACAGACCUAUGUCUGAGGUUAUGAACAUAGGUGGGGAGGAAGGAAUAGAGACUCAGAAUACACCAGUGUUAAUCUGUAGUAGCUCCUGUUCGUCUUGGGGUUGCAAGUUGGUCGUUGGUUCCUUGUUGCAGGGCUUCUUGCUAAAAGAUACUUUAGGAAGCCAGUUCGCCACUCUCAGUUUGCAAAACGACUUAAGUUGCCAAGAACAAUGUUAUGGUGGCCAGAGAUGUCUGAAAUGGCCAGGUUUAAGAUGGGUUUGGUUAGACUGCUUUUCUGUAAACAAAAACUCUUCUGUUUGUCACUGAAAAUCCACAGAAGUGCUUUGAUAAAUAACAGAAGCUAGUCAGACACUCAGCUAAUGCACUCCAAAUCAGUACAGAGAUUUUGUACCCAUCAGAUGUGAUGCAGUUGAGUGUAAGGAAGCUACAAAGCCAACGUGGACAGUGUUAGGGUGAAAAGAAAAGUCACAUUCAUGGCAUUCAAGUUGCUGCUGCUGCCAAAGAACAGUACCCCAUUAUCUAGACAGUGAGUUAGAAGAUACGGCUUUAACUCUGGAAUUAAUUUGUUGUGCUAAUGGUUUGCUUGAAUCCUUGUAAAAACAUCAGUCACAGUGCAGAGUUAAACUUCGAGGCUGACAUAUCUCUUACUGAUAUUUAAUAACCAGAUUAAUUUUUUUCCUUAAAUUCCUGAGCGUGCUGUGGUUGAUUGUAAAUGAUCAGUGGUUUAAAUAACAUGAACCUUGAUGUAUGGGAGCAAGUCUCAUUUCUCCUUGAAAGCCUUUGUGUGGUCAGGAAGGUUUUAUUAUAAUGCCAUCAGUUUUCAGGCAAACUCGUGGGUUAGCAGUGCUUUCCUUUUCCUCUUCUAUGUAUUUAGGACUAAAUGCACCCAGUAUUUGUGGUCCACAUAAUUUUUCAGAGGAUGAGCACAGUAUUAACUGUCUCAAUUCGAUAGUACCAAGAUAAUAUUACUUUCACUCUUUUUAUAAGGUGCUAAAAUCCAAGUGUUUUGGGUGAAAGGUCCUAACUGAACCAUAAUGGUUGCUCUUGUGGAAUAUUUCAUUAUCAAAAGAGGGAAGCUGACUUACUGAGUGCUUGUUCCAAAAUAAAAGGAUGUCACUAAACUUAUUGCUUCACUGAGUAGUCAAACAUUUUAAAUAAUGAUGCGUUUAGUUAGAAGUUCAGGGAGGAAAACUAGCCUGUCUUUGGUUUCUUUAGUUACUCAUAAGGACUAACUGAUAUUGAUAAAAAUUCCAGACAAUCAUUUUUCCUUACUUCCAGUGAUAGCGUAUGAAUUCAAGAAAUCUUUCCUGCCACACUUCACUAAACAGUUGUCUGAGUGGAUAAAUGAAAGUCACAUAUUGGUUUUGUAUUCCACUGUUAAUCCAAAGGCAUUCAGGAGUUGAGGUAGGUCUCUAGAAACUUGGAUAUUGGACUGCGGAGAGAUGUGCAGUCUGUUUCUUGUUCAUAACUAACUUAACAUGUUGUAACACUUUCAGGUACCUUCUGUUUUGUCUAAGAAUUUUUCUUCUGAGAAGAUAAGCAUAUGUGAAAAGUUAUUGCCUUUUUUCUUUUUACAACAACUCUGUGGUACCAAGAUGACAAUUCAGUUUGUCAUCACACGAGUGGAAAUGCUCUGUUCUUUCUGGCUUGAGUUUUGGUUGUGUUUUUUUGUUUUUUUUUUGUUUUUUUUCAAACUGGGUUUUAAUGAGCUAAGUAUUUAAGUAAUGCAACAAAUAAUAGAAAAUCAAAGCAAAGGAGGAGGGUUGAUCACUACCUUGUAACUGUAGUCCAACUUCUGAGAAGCAGUGCUUGUUGUUGUCGGUCGAAAGGCUGUGUUUACAGCAAGCUGGGUCUCUUCCUUUUGUGGUUAAUAGGGUGGAGGGAGCUUUGCUGAAAUUCAGCACACCUGUUGACCAGUUGUUUGUUACUGAGUAAUUAGUGUGUGCCAAAUGAAGUCAUGUUUUAUGCCACUUUUUUUUUAAAUUAAAAAUGAUGGCUCAUUUGAUUUUUCCCUCUAAAAGUCUUUGGGACCAUGGCGCUUGGACUGGUGCAGCUUUAUAUAAGCAGUGUUAUGUUGUACUGAUUGAAGAGACCCAAAAACAAUAUAUAUGCAUGUGUGUAUAUAUGUUGCAUAUAUAUACAUAUUGAAACUGAGCUUCUUGAAGGUAAUUUUGUUUAGUUGGAGAUGAUAACUUCUUGUUCUUGCCUCCUUAUCUAAGCUCUACACACAGGUAUGUGGAAAAAAGCCUGCUGUCAUGACAGCUAAACUUCUGCCUUUCUCUACUCCACUUUAAUUAUUUCUCUGUUCUAAUGCCACAACUAAAUUUGCUGGGUUAUCUUUGUAUUUUAACCCAGCUGCCAUUCUCAGAAGAUAGUUUGGCAAUGUUACUACAGAAAAUGUCAUACUUUGUGAAAACUUUUCGUUUGAUUUUAUUGAUUAAAAUAUUGGAAUAAGCAUCUAAUUUCAUUUUCAAACUAAGUCCAAUGUAUACCAUAUGCCUCAUCUGUUCUACUGAAUGUAUUUUUCUAAUUUAUAUUUCUAGCUAUAAGAGAACAAGUGCAUUCCCUAUUCUUGGAGACCUAACUUUAUGGAGCAAAGUGAGUAAGCAAAGCUGAUGUUUACUCUACAUGGAAGACCUAGCUAGCCUGUAUAACAAGUGAAUGCUAGUGCUUAAAUAUGGAACAAAACACCCUCAGCAGUGACUAAAUGUUAUUAUUUAGGACAUUCAAGCAUUGUAAAUGCUUCUUUCUGGAAAGAUGAGAAUUCGAUUUGUGGUCAUUACUACAUCACUAAGAGGUACAUGUAAUAAAUUUCAGUGUCAUAGGAUUACUGUGAAACCAUAGCUGUUAGCAGGCUUUUAUCUCUAUCUUAUCUGCUACAUGGUCAUCUUCUGCAUCUUUUCCAGCAGGAAAAAAUCUCUUUUGGUUUGUCUCCAGCACUGCUCUCUCAUUCUAAGCGAAGGACACAUUUUUAAAAUUCCAUUGUUAUCUAUUAUGACACACUGAGCAGCUCUGUAGCCAACAGGAUUUCUGGUUUUCACUUGUGCUGUCAAAGCAUUUCUCUUUGAGAAGCCAGGUCAGCUUUGGUUUCAAAAAGGUCUCUGUCACUGUUACUAAAUUUUUAAAAUUCUUUUUGAAAAAGGAAAUCAUAAAAUAACAUUCCAUUAAGAUACAGGGCAGCCUACUUCUCUUUGAUAUUUGGCCGCUGUUAUCUUGGGCUUUGUAAUAAGGCUCAGGAAAUAUUUCUUCUCUUUCUGUGGCUCGUUUCCUUUUUCUUUUUUUUUAUUUUAUUCAGGGAGCAUUUACCUUUUUCAGAAUUUUCCUUGAUUGCAUGGCAUGUUUAUAGCAAUGCAGAGAGCCAUGGAGCUGCCUCUGCUUUUACAGAUCAUUUUACUGGUGCUGUGAUGUUUCUAAUUCUUAACAAUUUUGCUGGUUGGGUUCUGGGACAGGAAUCAGCAGGGUUCACUCAGAGAGCUUUGAACUAGAUUCAGAAUGGGAUGGAGUUGUAGCUGGAUUGGCACUGGUGGGGCAGCACUCUAGUACUGAUAAAGACUGGGGUGCUUCCCCUCUCCUUAGGGUUGAAAUCAGUGUGCUCAGCUUGCUCCCUGAAGAGCCUGUACACCAAUGCAUGUAGCAUGGGGAAUAAGCAGGAGUCAGAAAGCGGUGUUAGGGCAGGAGAUUAUGAUCUGGUGGCAAUUACAGAGGCAUGGUGGGACAGGUCAGAUGACUAAUGUCAUGGAUGGCCAUGUUCUUUACAGGAAAGACAGACCAGCAAGGCAAGGUUGUUCUCUAUGGGAGAGAACAACUAGAAUUCAUUGAGUACGGUCCAGGAGUAGAUGAGAAGCAAGUUGAGAGUUUGUGGGUGAGAAGGGGCAGGCUGGCCUGGUUGAUAGUGUUGUGGUUGUCUAUUACAGGCCACUGGAUCAGGACAGGGAAGUUGGCGAGCCCUUCUAUAGGCAGCUGAUAUCAGCCUCACAGUUAUAAGUCCUGGUAUUCAUGGGGGAUUUUAGCUACCCUGAUAUUUGCUGGAAGGCCCACUCAGCGAGCCAGCCACAGUCCAGGAUGUUCCUCCAGUGCAUUAAUGAUAACUUUUCUGGAUGCAAAUGGAUGAACCAACUAGGAGAGGACAGCUGCUGGAUCUUGUUCUCACUAACAGAGAGAGUAAUGGGUUGAAGUGGUGAAGGUUGAAAGCAGCCUUGGUUGCAGUGAUCAUGAGAUGGUGGAGUUCAGUAUUUCAUGUGGCAGAAACAGAAUACCAAGCAGAAUCACAACCCUGGACUUCAGAAAGGCCAACUUUGGCCUUUUCAAGCAAUUGCUAGCAGAAAUCUGAUGGGACAGGGUACUUGGUAAAGGGGCCCAUGAUAGUUGGCUAGCAUUCAAGGACUGCUUCUUUCAAGGUCAAGAUCAGAGCAUCCCAACAGGUAGGAAGUCAAGGAAGGCAGCCAGGAGAUCUGCAAGGUCAAGCAGAGAACUGCUGUGCAAACUCAAGUGGAAGAAGGGAGCCUACAGAUCAUAGAAGGAAGGACUGGCCACUUGUGGGGAGUAUAAUACUGUUGUCAGAGGAUGUAGUGAGACAACUAGGAAAACUAAGGCCUCCUUAGAAUUAAAUCUUUAGAGAGGGGUCAAAGACAACAGAAAGGGCUUCUUCAAAUAUGUUGCAGAUAUAAAUGCCUUAUUUGUCUCUGUCAACACAGCUGGAGGCUGCCCUGCAUGUACCUUGAGGCCCCAGAGGAAGUCAGGAUAAAGGAGUAAUUUGCUUCGGUUGAUGAGGUUAGAGACCAGUUAAGCAAUCUGGACAUCCAUGAAUCCAUGGGUCCUGAUGGGAUGCACCCACGGGUGCUGAGGGAGCUGGCAGAAGUUACUGCUAGGCCACUCUCCACUAUCUUAAGUAAGUUGUGGGGGAUGGGAGGGGUGCCUGAGGGCUAGAGGAAAGCUAAUGUCACUCCAGUCUUUAAAAAGGGCAAGAAGGAGAACCCAGGUAACCACAGACCAGUUCAGCCUCACCUCCAACCCUGCAAAGGAGAUGGAAUAAUUUGUCCUUGGUGCUGUCUCCAGGCAUAUCAAGGAUGAGAGCGUCAUUAGAGGCAGUCAACAUGGCUUCACUAAGGGGAAGUCAUACUUGACCAACCUAGUAGCCUUUUUUUUUUGGAGAUUUAACCAGCUGGCUAGAUGACGGUGAAGUGGUGGAUAUGGAUGUGGUGGAUUUUAGUAAAGCAUCUGACACCAUCUCCCACAGCAUCCUUGCAGCUGAACUGAGAGUGGGGUCUGGAUGGUCGAGUAGUGAGGUGGACUGUGAGCUUGCUGAAGGAAAGAAGCCAGAGAAUUGUGGUCAAUGGGACAGAGUCUAGUAGGAGGCCUGUAUCCAGUGGAAUCCCUCAAAGGGCACUGUGCUGUUUCCUCUACCCUGCUGUCCUUCCCCUCUACUCUGCCCCUGGUGAGGCUAUAUCUGGAGUAUUGUGUCAGUUCUGGGCCUGGUAUUUCAAGAAGGACAAAGAACUGUGUGAGUGUGUCCAGUGCAGAGCCACAAAGAUGAUUAAAGGAGUGAAGGAAAGGCUGAGGGAACUGGGUCUCUAGCUUGGGGAGGCUGAGGGGUGACCUCUUGACAUUUAUAAAUAUGUAAAGGGUCAGAAGUGUCAGGAGAAUGGAGCCAGGCUCUUUGCAGUGACAUCUAAUGAUAGGACAAGGGGCAAUGGGUGCAAGCUGGAAUGUAGGAGGUUCCACAUAAAUAUGAGAAGAAACUUCUUCACAGUAAGGGUAACAGAACAGUGGAACAAUAUAAUGCUACUUAAUAAAGCAGCGUCCUUGUUGUUGAUGUUACUGCAGCUAUAGAUGUUUCUUAUAGCAAAAGCAGGUCUGUUACCAUCACUUAAAUUAAUAGUAAUAAUUCUAAUAAAUAUAUAUUUUUAAAUGGAUUAUUUUUGGUGUUGGACAUAGAUAUGGAUUGAGGCACUUGAAGGCACUGCAGCCCUUGCAGUGCUGCUGGCAGAGGCAGUGUGGCUCUAUGUGCCAUCUCAUGUGAGAUCUCACAAAUAUCCAAACUAGUACAUAUUUCACAUUGCUUUAUGGAUAUUAAUCAUCCUCCCUGUUGUAUGCACACAGAGGGCCUGCUGCUUUUCUGUUCUUGCUUUUAGCUCUUGUCUUUCGGGUGCUGGUAACCUUGUUAAUAGUGGUGUGAACUUCAGAUAUCCAUGGUUAUAACAUGAAGGAGUUGCUAGGGAGCUUAGAGAAGCACAGGCAUGGAACAACUCCAGCGUUGCUGGAGUUUCUACCGACAGCCUCCUCACUGUGUUGUGGUGUGACAGAUCACAGCAGCAGGGUUCCUCUCAGUGCCCUUCACACCCCACAGCAUCCCCUGCCUCCAGCAACAAGGGGUGUGCUUAUAGGGUGAGAGACAUGGGGCUGAGAGGACACCAGGACCUCCCCACGUCCUCACAUGGAAGAGGUUUUCAAAGGUUUUGUCUUUGAAUGUAACCAAGGAGCAGUGUAUCUCUCUCAGAUGAUGUAACAAGUCCUGGGCUGGUCUCCACUUCAGACCUAGCAAAACUGCAUCACCUGUAUCUUCUUAGGAAAGCAAGCUGCUAAGAGCAAAGCUGAGGCACUGGGUGCGAUGGUCUGAACACUGUUGGCUGCAGAAGGAGCUAUUCCAGCAAACGCCACCUGAUCAUUACAGAUGUACACUGAAGAAGCAAGACAAUAAAGUAAAAUGAGAAACUUGCAUUGAAUAUUUAUUUUGAUAAACGUUGUGUACUCCAAACAACUACAUGUUAUUUCAGUUGUAAGCCACGAUCUUUUGGAACGAAUGUCCCGACAGCUCUUGUCACCACAAAACAGACAGUCAAUUCAUUACCACAUUCUGCGGACAUAGAGAGCUUUCAAGUGCAAAGCAGAUUAUCAGAAAAGCCAUAUUGCCGACCUCCUUAACAACCUAGCCAAUGCUAAACUCCAGUAAAGAUGCUUCGUAUGUCUGCAAUUUAGUUGUCUUAGUGCCAUUGUAAUAAAUAAAUAGAAAAUAUAUCUUUUUCAUUGGAAAGUCUCUAAGAAAAUGUACAAAACACUAUACAUCUAACCCGAAAAAGGACCAGCUAUUUCGGCGACAGGUAAAACAAGCAUUUGAACAGAAUGCAAAAACAAAACAAAAAAACCCCAAACAUCCAACCAAACAAGCAUCUGAACAAAAAAACAAUCAAAAAAUCACUCUGACAACAGCAACUGGGUAGGCAGAGAUGGGAACGUUUGCAGUAAUAAAACCUUAUAAAGAGGAUCAUUGCAGCUGGUGCAGGGAUUGUUAAAUGGACAUACAAAGUACAAGCAGCCAGUUAAUUCACUAGUCAAAAUGUGCAGGUGCAAUUUCUACAACAGUUAAAGAUGAAAAAGGAAUCAUAUGGCACAAAACUAUUGCUGACUGGUGAUGGCAUCAGGCUAAGCUGUGACUUCAGAGUAACCCACUGACUUCAUCCGAUUCACGUCAGUGGGAGUCCUUUGCAUUUCACAGGAGUGUCUGCCCCAGUACACUGCUAUGAUGCUCCAUUAUCCCUCAGGCUUACAGACUGCAGUGAUCCUGUCCUAAGUAUUCACAGCAUGAGACCCAGCCCUAGCUCCAAACAGGCCCCAGGUGACAAGCUCUACAUGACAGAAUGUGCUACUUAAAGUGUUUUUCUCUUAAUAAGACAAGAUUUUCUUAGGAAGAAGUUUUCCUAGAGCCAAGUCUUGUGAUUUCACCCUGAGAAUUCCAAAAAUUGUAAAAUCAGAAGCUACAACUCUAGCACAAAUGCAGAGGAAGCCAGCCUAGGGCACGGUCCUUUGGGCAUCUGCACAUGUAUAGUUAUAGGGAGCCUCCAGCAACCAGGGAAGAAGUGCUUCACAGAGUGGGGUGUGGAAAACCAGAUCCCAAACCAGGUACAUUCUGAACCUCGCUUUCCUGCCCAUGUCAAGUGCUCAUGAAAGAAAUGCUCACACUUUGGUCCAUCUCAUGGAAGCACAUGUACUCCACUGGUACAGGUGCAAUUAUAGGAACGAAGAUGUGUGGAUAAACCAGCCUGACACACUCAGGGACUUUUUUUCAGUGUAUUUCUCAAUUUCAGGGAUCUGAUUCUGUUUCACCUAUCAGAGAAUGUCAGGUAAGUGAUGUUUGGCUGAACUUAAACGGGACCUUUCCAAGGAAGAGUUUGUGCUUUGAGGGUGAAAUUCCCCAAACCAUCGUAAGAAAAAAAAAACCACCACCACCACCACCACCUAACUAACUUGUCCAUCCAUUCCAGAAACAGUGCAAAUGCCCCAAACCCAAAAACAACUGUGCUGCUCCUUCAUUAACAGGCUCUUGUUGAGAAGCAAGGGAAGAAAAAGGGAAAGCUCGGAUAUAAGCUUGAAAAGAACAUUUCCAGUUUCAAAACCCAGGAGAGGCUGGAAGGAAAUAUAGCCUACAGUGCUACCUGACUUUUUCUCACAAUUGUUUCUCCUUUCAGAGAUAUUGAUCUAAAAAGGAGGGACAGGGCUGACAGAGCUCAGCAUCAGCCCUGUUGUGGGAUGACCUGCAGCAUCAUUGCUCUUUCAUUCUAGCUAAAGGACAGCAUUUUGGAAAGUGGGGGGGG